AGUAUGAUACUAUGUUGUUGAAGAAAACCUUCCAGCAAGUUACACGCCGUGGUUAAAGCCUGGCUUAGGCUGUGCUGAAAGUUCCCAGUUUGUGAAGCUUUCAAUCCGAGGCGGCGGUGGAUUGACCUGCUGAAGGUGGCCUCGAUCAACCCAGAGCUUCUUUCCUCCUCCUUCUUUCCCCCCCCCCCCAUAACAAAAGGAUUCUACUCAGCAACCAUUCGUGUCAACAAAAUAUUAUUAAUUUUUUUUCCCCUGAGCCGCGAGAGAUUAAAAGGGGUGGCUCCUAAUCGUGCUGGUUUUAUUUUUGGAUUGCAGCUGUAGGGUAGAGAGAGAGAGAGCGUAUGUGUGUAAAGAUAGAAAGUGCUGUUCUUUCUAAUAGAGGGGCGGUUUCUGAGUGGGGAGAAAUAUUUCCCUGCGAUUUCAUCGUCCCUCUUGGAAGAGAGAGAGAGACAUGGGCAGCUAGUGAGUGGCUCAGUGUGUGUAUGAGAGAGAGAGAGAGAGGACUGUGUGCUGACUGAUUCUCCAGUUCCCACACCAUACAGCCCAUGGCUCCCUCAGUCUGGACGUGAGCGGACGACCGGAGGAGGCCGGCCGUAUAAAUCCCCCUCCCUCCCGGCUGCAAUUCCAUUAUUGCAGUGUUUUUGUUUUUUUUUUAUUUUGACAGUGGGCAGGCCUACCUGCUGUCUCCCUGUCUGAACCGGAGGAAACGGCUUCUAUUGCACCCGAGCUAAGGCGGUUGUUAGCGCCGAAGGAUGAUUUUGAGCGUGAAAUUCAGCAUCUUGCUGCUUCUCUCUGAGCAGCUGCUCAGCACCGCCACUCACCUUUCUAACCAAGUUGUGCUGCUAGACACAACAGCUGCGCUAGGAGAGCUGGGAUGGAAAGCAUACCCAUUAAACGGGUGGGAUGCUAUCCCAGAAAUGGAUGAACGCAACCGACCCAUCCAUACCUACCAGGUGUGUAAUGUGAUGGAACCCAAUCAAAACAACUGGCUGCGGACUAACUGGAUUUCACGUGAGGCGGCACAGAAAGUGUAUGUUGAAUUAAAAUUUACCCUGAGGGAUUGCAACAGCAUUCCUUGGGUACUGGGGACAUGCAAAGAGACGUUCAAUCUAUAUUACAUGGAAUCAAAUGAGUCUCAUGGUGUUAAAUUCAAGCAAAAUCAAUACACUAAAAUUGACACAAUUGCAGCUGAUGAGAGUUUUACUCAGAUGGAUCUAGGAGAUCGUAUACUUAAACUGAACACUGAAAUCCGUGAGGUUGGGCCAAUAAACAAAAAGGGAUUUUACUUAGCCUUUCAGGAUAUUGGAGCUUGUAUUGCUCUUGUCUCCGUGCGUGUGUACUAUAAGAAGUGCCCAUUCACUUUUCGCAACUUGGCAAUGUUUCCUGACACAAUACCUAGAGUUGAUUCGUCAUCUCUUGUGGAAGUUCGUGGAUCCUGUGUAAAGAAUGCAGAGGAGAAAGACACACCAAAGCUUUACUGUGGUGCAGAUGGAGAUUGGUUGGUUCCUUUGGGAAGAUGCGUCUGCAGUACCGGCUAUGAGGAAGUGAAUGGAGCAUGCCAUGCUUGCAGGCCUGGAUUCUAUAAAGCUUUUGCUGGGAAUACCAAGUGCUUCAAAUGUCCUCCACACAGCUUCACCAAUGAAGAUGCCUCACAAGUGUGCAAAUGUGAUAAAGGUUACUACAGGGCAGAAAAAGACCCACCAACAAUGGCUUGUACCAGACCUCCUUCCACUCCUCGAAAUGUCAUUUUCAACAUUAAUGACUCAUCGCUAAUCCUUGAGUGGAGUCCACCAGUUGAUACAGGGGGACGGAAGGAUCUCACCUACAAUGUCAUCUGUAAGAUGUGUGGCUUAGGCCCUAAGAAGUGCUCACUCUGUGGAGGAGGCAUGCGUUUUGUACCUCGCAACACAGGCUUGACAAAUACUUCAGUAACUGUUGUUGACUUUCUUGCCCACAUGAAUUACACAUUUGAGAUUGAGUCAGUGAAUGGAGUCUCCAAUGAGAGCACGAUUCCCAGGCAGUAUGCUAUUCUCACCAUAAUCACUAAUCAAGCUGCUCCCUCUCUGAUUAGGUUUCUGAGGAAAGAUUGGGCAUCCCAGAACAGUAUUGGUCUGUCAUGGCAGGAGCCUGAGCAUCCAAAUGGAAUCAUUCUGGACUACGAGAUAAAGUACUAUGAAAAAGAACACGAACAACUCAGCUACUCCUCUACAAGGUCCAAAUCUUCCAGUGUAAUCAUUAAUGGACUGAAGCAUGCUACGAAAUAUGUAUUUCAGAUCCGUGCUCGGACUGCGGCUGGAUAUGGCAGUUACAGUCAGAAGUUUGAGUUUGAAACCGGAGAUGAAUCAUCUGACAUUACCACAGAACAAGGGCAAGUUUUGGUCAUUGCAACUGCUGCAGUUGGAGGAUUCACUCUUCUCGUUAUCCUCACCCUGUUCUUCCUAAUAACCGGCAGGUGCCGCUGGUAUAUUAAAGCAAAAAUGAAAUCUGAAGAAAAGAGGAGAACACAUUUCCAAAAUGGACAUAUCAGAUUUCCAGAGAUGAGAACGUACAUUGAUCCUGAUACCUAUGAAGACCCAUCUCAAGCUGUGCAUGAAUUUGCGAAAGAAAUAGAUCCCUCCAGAAUUCGCAUAGAGAGAGUAAUUGGAGCAGGGGAAUUUGGAGAGGUCUGUAGCGGUCGGCUAAAGACACCUGGAAAAAGGGAAAUUCCUGUUGCUAUUAAGACCCUAAAAGGAGGUUACAUGGAUAGGCAACGGAAGGAUUUCCUCAGAGAAGCUAGCAUCAUGGGCCAAUUUGACCAUCCCAACAUUGUUCGUUUGGAGGGAGUUGUAACAAAAAGUAGGCCAGUGAUGAUAGUGGUUGAAUAUAUGGAAAAUGGAUCCCUGGACUCGUUUCUGAGGAAACAUGAUGGACAUUUCACAGUCAUUCAACUAGUGGGAAUGCUUCGUGGGAUAGCAUCUGGCAUGAAAUACCUGUCUGACAUGGGUUAUGUACACCGCGAUUUGGCUGCUCGUAAUAUCCUUGUCAAUAGUAACCUUGUCUGUAAAGUAUCAGACUUUGGUCUUUCUAGAGUGCUUGAAGAUGACCCUGAAGCUGCAUAUACUACAACAGGUGGGAAAAUUCCUAUUCGGUGGACGGCUCCUGAAGCAAUAGCCUACAGAAAGUUCUCUUCAGCUAGUGAUGUGUGGAGUUAUGGGAUCGUAAUGUGGGAAGUGAUGUCAUACGGGGAAAGACCUUACUGGGAGAUGUCCAACCAAGAUGUUAUUUUAUCAAUAGAAGAAGGUUAUCGACUCCCUUCUCCAAUGGGCUGCCCAGGCACUCUUCAUCAGCUCAUGCUUCAUUGUUGGCAAAAAGAACGAAAUCACAGGCCAAAGUUCACAGAAAUUGUUAGUUUCUUGGAUAAAGUGAUUCGCAAUCCCAGCAGCCUUCAGAACCUAGUGCAAGAGGUGCAUGGAUUACCGGAAUCUCCUGGUGAACUUCCAGAGUUCUCUUUGUUUGUCUCUGUAAAUGAUUGGCUGGACUCAAUCAAAAUGGAACAGUACAAGAGCAAUUUCAUGGCUGCAGGCCUCACAAGUUUGGAUUCAGUCACAAGGAUGAGUAUAGAUGACGUAAGAAGAAUUGGGGUCACAUUAAUAGGACAUCAGAGGCGAAUAGUGAGCAGUAUACAGACUUUGAGACUGCACAUGUUCCACAUACAAGAGAAAGGAUUUCAUGUGUGAAUAUUCUACUAAUGCUAUUGAAUUGUAUCUCAGCAAGUUCAGUGGGAGAACGUUUUAUAACUACAAUGCCUAGCUUUGUCUAUGUUGAAAAUAUGAUGAGACAUUGAUAGUUGGCAUUUCCUUAAUUUGGACAAGUUUUCAACAUGAAUCUUAAUCCUCUAUAAGUUUCCAUACUUUAGUUAAACUUUACAAACCAAUCCCAGUAGAGCUAACAAACUAUUGAUAAUAAAGUGGAGUCUAAGAAACACAAAUUGCCAAUUACCCCAUUGUUAUUUAAAGAAGAGUUCAUGUGUAGUUGGAUACCUCUUGCAGUAAUAUUCUAAUGGCCAUGUGACUGCAACAGUAUUGAUACGUUUAGAGUUAUAGGUUGAGAAGUAAUCUCUUUUCCAUGUUUGUGACUGUUUAGCUGCUAAUAUCAAAUGUGCAAUCAAAGGUUGACUUUAAUAUGUUCUUUUUGUAAUUUAAUCUGUACAGAUCUGAAAUGAUUUUCUCUUUCUUGAAAUUAAUUCUUGGUAUGCUAGUAUAUGGAUAAAUUAGAGAUCAACUGAACUUGAAAGUAUUGAAUCUAAAAGACCUUGCAAUUUAGCUCAUGAGAAUAGAGGUGGGAGUUGCCUUAUUUUAUUUCGUGUUCAUCUGAGAACAAAUUUUGUGUGUAUGUAUAUUUUUACAGAAAAAAUAAUAUAGUUCGCGGUUUAAUGCUAUCACCAGGCUAUUGUCUUUUAGUGUCAGUAAGUAUUUAUUAGGCCUUAAUCUGCGAUCAUUUUGAUCAUGGACGCACCUCUGUUUCUGAGAUUGUGCCUACAAUAAUGACUGUGUGCACUUCAGAUUGUCAUAAGCCUGAAUAAUAGUUGUAAAUUCUUCUUCCUUUUGAGUUCCCUGUCCAAAGAAACAUCAGACCCACAGCACCACAAGCCACAGGGGAGGCAAGGAGCCAGGUUCCCAAUCCAGACCGGCUAGAACAGGGAUUGAAGCCCAGGCUGAUCCAUGCCAGCCAUCCAGCUAACUGAGCCAGUCACCACACCCAAAAAAAGGAGUCUAAGUUCUAUGAUCACAUACAAUUGUACAUGCAUGUAGUAGCUUCUAGCUGUGGAUAUUAAAAAUAGAGGAUCCAAUUUUUCCAACAAAUGGCUGCCUCACAUUUUUUGCACUCAUACCAUAUCAUUUGUGUGUGUCAGAGGGAUCAAGUUGAUACUCAACCUGCUGACACUAUGAAUGCACUUCUCAUGGCUAUUACAAGCUGGAAUAAAAUUUGAACCUGGAGAAACUCCGAGGCAGGGAUACAACCCAUUGUGCAACACAAUCUCCAAUUGUUGGUUAGACUUCUAAAGUCAUGUAUUGUUACAGGAACCCUGGGAUGGCCAGUUGAAAUCUAACUGGUGAGUUAGCCACAGACAUCCUGCUUUUUUUCCAUUACUGUCAACUUCAAUCUACUUUUCCGAGUAGUUGGCAAGGGUAGCCACAUGAAGUCAGCAUGGAUCAUCGUUUAGGAUGCAGAUUAAGGUCUAAUAAUGUCACCAGGAGUCAAUUUAAAGUUGAACUUUGGCUUAUGGAAAAAAUCCUCUCUGGCAUUACUUCAAUGUAAUUUCAGUGGGCAGAGGAUCCAGAGCCAAGCGAGGCCCACUGAAAGUUAUUUUGUUGGCCCUUUGAUGUCAUUUUUACCCCCAAGUGUUCCUCUGGGCUCCAUCAAGCAAGUUUAGACCUCACCUGCUCCCAGGUCUUUCUUCCCUGCUGUAACACCUAUCUGAAACCCACUCUCCACAACCAGCAUUUUUGUCAAAAAGACUCCCUUUGCUUGAUCUGGUGGCCUCCUGCUUUCUCAAUGUUUAUAGCUGCAUUCACAUGAAGCCCAGGCAAUAAAAUGUCCUGGCUACGGUGCUUGUGGUACGAUAAUACUGUCCCUACCUUUAGGCCAGGAGGCCUGGGUUGAAGUCCUAUCUGUUCCAGAGACAUGUUUCUGAAUAAAUCGAUUAGGAAAAAAGCCUAUCAUCGUAUCAAAGUCGGAAAGGGGGCUCGGCAUUAAUUCUCCCAUUCAUCUCUUCCCUCAUCCGGCCAAAUUCCACUUCAAGUUUGAAUAGCACCCUAUAAAAUACUGAGAAUUGCUGUAUUCGUUUCACUUUAUUUCUCUAGUUGUUAGUUUCACAGCUUGAAAUGUUCAAGUUACAUGUCAGUUACCUCAAAUUAACUAUGGUUUAGCAACUCUUGUCAAGUUUUAGUCAGCCUAUGCACUACACGGACCAAUGUGCUGACACAAAGUGUGAAAUAGUGAAUGACGGUCUCACUAGGAUGAUUAAACAAAGGCAAGGAAUUUUUAUAACUGCUGUGAAAAGAUGAAAAGAAAGACUCAGCGAAUAUCUAAUCACACUUAAUGAUGGAGGAACUUAAAAUUGAUAAAUUCUGAACAAGUAAAAUGGCAGUUCAUGAAAUCAAUUCUUAUGUUUCCCAUAGAGACUGGUAGUUUUUUUAAAAAAUACUCCCAUUUAACAGCUGAAUAGAUGGCAUGGCAAGACUUCACAUUUUUAAGCAUUCACUGUAACAAACAAACUAAAGUCACAAUUGGCACCAUUUUUCUGGUCACCUCAUGUUUUAAACUACAGGACAGAAUGUUUGAAACUGAAUAACCCACCAUUAGCUAAUGUACACUAUCCUUCAAUUGCAUAUUUAAUUUUCCCAGAACCAGUCCAAAGUGAUUCUUAGCUCCUGAUGAUUUACUUCUAAUCUUUUAUUUCCUUGGUCCAUGAAUAUUUAAUCUCAACUCCCUUUUGCAGUGAGGUUUCUCCUCCAGAGGUUCUCAUCCAGACCAGGUGAAUCUUCCAGUCUCCCUCACAAACUUGAUCUUUUCUGCCUGAAUCACAUUGACCUAAUACCACUUGUUUGAGGGCCCAACAAAAAUGAACAGAUUAAAAUAUAACACUUCACAACUUUACAUUCACAACAUUCAUUUUCUGAGACCCUGCCAUUUUCUGUAAGUGUGGAUGUUAUUAUAUUUCAGUCUCAGAUAAUGGGUCUUCUUUCAACUAUUAACCUUGAGAUAUAUAAUCUUUAACAAUUACAAUUAUUUUCUGCUAAUCAAAGGCUAAUAUUAGUGCUUUAUUCAAGCUAAACCCACCAAAUUAUUAAAUAUAAAUGGCCUGCUGUGUUCAUCCAGCCUCACAUUUUAUUAUCUUAAACAGAGAAAUCAGUUUGCUUAGCAAUUUUAUUAAACCCGUCCCAGAUUGAUAUUGUGUGCUACUUUUCCAGGUUUAUCCUCUCUUCUCCUGAAGGCAGUUCCUUUGAUUGUUAUGAUUUCACUUGUAUCAUCAGGUUUACAGUAUUUCAUUCUCAUGGUAAUAUAUGAGCCUAAAUGAAGAGUAAGUGCCCACAGCUCCAUCAUUUGAGACACAGAUCUGAUUAUGCUGCUGUCUUUGUCCAACAGCCUCACAUACACAUUUUUCAGAAGGGGUUAUUGGAAGGUGAUUAAGACCAGUAUAGUGUCAUUUAGGUCAAUUGUAGCACACUCACUAUGCCUGGGAUCAGUUACCCCAGUACAGAGCACAAUCUCAGUAUAUAAGCAGAUGCCUGGUGAAUUUGGAAAGAUCACCAGACUAUGCUGGCUGUAUGAUCACAACAAUAACAAUGAAACACUGAGAUUUGAAACAAAAGCAGAGGUUGCUGGAGAAACUGAACAGGUCUGGCGGCAUCAGUGGAGAGAAAGCAAUGUCAAUGUUUCAAGUCCAGUGACACUUCAUCAGAGCUGGUCUGGUUUGUUCAAACAGACUUAACAUUCAAGUAGCAGGAAUCUUAGUCUAGUGUUGGUGGAAUCAGUAACACGGGUGAAAUGGCUUGCCCUGCUGCUAAUGGAAGCAGACGUUCCUCUUUCAACUUUCAACUCUUCCGCCAAGAUUGGGCCUUUGCCAAUAAUAUCAAUGUAGGGUGAACAUAGCUUCUAUUAUAGAGUCAUGCAUUUAAGAAGGAAGCCUUUACAGCCUGUCCUGAAUUUUUCUAUGAUCCUGUAAUCUAUUUUUCCAUUCAAAUAUUUAUUAAUUUGCUUUAGUAGUAGAGUCACUUGAUGUUACAAUGAAAGAUGAUUAUUUCAAGCAGUUUUCACUUUAUUGAACACUUAUGUGGACUUUCUAUUGAACAGCAGUUCUUCAAUACUAUUGUUUUGACCUAACUAAAAAAUUUGUCUUCAGAUUUUCAAUAAGAUACAAAUAAGUGAUUUUUGUAGUGAUCCAAAAACCUCAAAAGAUUCUUUUAUUCCUUUUGAUUAAAAUAACUCUGAAAAUUAAGGUCACUACAUGUACAUUAUUUCCUUGAAUGUUUGUUACUUUCAGAUUAAAUGGAUCAACAUUAACAGCAGCCAUACAACUGAAAUAAAAAUACAGCAGAUAAAAUUUUCAGAAUUGAAAAGCAGAAAGAACACUUCUGUUAUUUAGCAGUUCUUAUGGCUAUGUGCAUGGUCUGCUAGAUGAAAUGUAUCUUUUAUCAAUUUACCAACUCAUUUUCUUGUGAUCUUACCAGAAUUUCAAUGAUUUGGCAAAAUAGAUUUCUCUUUCUCAUACCCUUGACCUGUGGUUUUUGGCUGAAAGUAUUGUGCAUACUGGUAGCAUUUCUAAUUAUUUCUCAGUAGUUUACCUCCAUAAUUCCUGCAAAUUUAGCUCACAAUUUUAGCCACAGCAGGGAUAAUUAACAAAUGAAGAAAUACAAAAUUUGAUGAUCACUGACUUCAGGUAAAUACACCAGGGUGUUAACUUUGAAAUACCAUUCAUAGAGGUUUUAGAGAAAAUUGCCUACUCACUGCCUCAAGAGGAAAUGAUUUGUGAUUGUCAAAGACCUGAACAGCGGAAAAGAAACGUAACUAUAAAUCACUGGGAAAUUUGGAAAAGAUGUAGGUAUUUCUUUGUUCCUUUCAUCAGUAUCCACCAAUAAAUCAAGUAAGCAAUACUAUACUGCCAAUAAUGUUAGUUGGUAAGUACAGAGAUAAUUCUGCCUUGUCAGAAGUACAUAUGGGCUGUUAAUAACUUGCUGACCAAAGUAAUUGAAAGUUUUAUUUUAUUCCUGAGUACAACUAUAAGCCCAAUGGUUCAGUAAUUUAUGGUAGAGGUUUUCAGGCUUUUCUGUACCAGUUACAGAAGUGUACCUAAGUGUCCAAUCACUGACAUUUUACAACCUACUCAGACACUUCUGCAACAUUUACAGCAAUAGUUUACAGCCAGCUUUCAGAAGUAACUAUUUAUGGAUUGCUAAUGUUGUACAAACAUUUGUUUGUAAAAUUGCCAGCUGAUCUCUAGCAAACACAGAAAUGCUUUCAAAAUGUUAAAUAAAGCAAAGCUAUCUGUGGACCAACUGCAGUCAUUCAUUAAACAAAUAUCAGUUCAUGUAAAAUUUCCAUAAUUUACCAGCAUGCCUAGAGUUAAUUGUAAUUAGAGUUUCAGCUCUCUAUAGCUGGGAGUGGACAGGUAGAAUUGUGGUGUCUGAAUCUAGGACAUUUAUUCACACAGAAUAUGCUGUAUGGCAAAUAUCUGCUGAACAAUGAUGUAAAGAGAUUUUGUACAAAGUACAAGUUACUUAUUGCUGUAUUUUAUUUUUCUAUUAUUUCUUAA